AUGGCCAGUCUCGGCGGCAAGCACGUCACCAGCGGCUACGUCGACCACGAAGCCAACCUCGGCAAGGACGAGCUCGUCGCGCGCGCCAAGGCCAGUGUCAAGGACCACAAGGCUUUAUAUCGCGCUCUUGAAGUGCGCCACAAGUUGAUCGAGAUCGUGUCGCCUAUCUCCUACCACCACUACAGGCAGGCCGGCGGUAUCGCGCAGUUCGACAUCUACGAUGUACGCCCGAUGCUGUUUGCGCCAAGCUGCCGCGUGGACCCGACGUCGAACACAUGGGGCCGCGACGAUUUGGUCCAGAUUUUCAACAACGACGAAAUUGAGUUUCGCGACAACGGUUCUGGAGUCCCCAACGGCGUGGGGUGGCACUGGUACAACGCGUCCGAGGACCAGUCUAUCGACUGCUCGCUGCAAGACGAGUGUUCGUAUGGUGAGCACCACAACGAGAUCUCGGACAAUUGGCGCGCGUUCAUGGCCGCCCACGGUCUGCACAUCAAUGCAUUCCGGUCCUGGCGUGCUUACGCUCACAAGGCGCUGGUACAAAACAGCGACGCACACCGCGCCUUUUGCAGCGACGUCAUCAAACCGCUGCGGGCGCAUCUCACAGCGCAUCUGAGUGACGUCAAGUUCGUCACGUGCGCUUACUGCGACGACUGCGACCAGGUCACGAGCACGUCGUUUCUCGGUGGCGUGUCGCCCGACGGGUACCUCAGCCUCACAUUGCCUGCGGUCCUUGUCGAGCACAACGGUUUCUUCCUUUUUCAUUUCGUCUCGGAGCACCUCCAUGGUUUUCUCGAAGCGCUCUGCUUGACCCCUGCCGCCGCCGACCAGCCGUUCCUGCACACCAACUACCUCGCCUUUUGCCCGACGCUCUACCACGAAGAUGUGUUUGAAAAGAAUGGAAUGAGCUACCUCCAUCCCCUUUGUAGCAGACGCAUCACGAACAGCUACGUCGACAACCACCUCUACCGCGAAGAGCUCGCCGCGUGCGCCAAGGCGAGCGUCAUGGACCACAAGGCCCUCUAUCGGGCGCUGGUCGUGCGUCGAAAGCUCACCGAGAUCAUUGCGCGCACGCUGAGGACGUGCAAACGACCACCUGCUGAUUGGGUUGGUCAUAUCAAGGGUAUAUAA